UCUCUAUGGUCAAUCUUAUUCGUGAAAGAUUGUUGUGCAUUGUUUGGAACUGUGCUAAAAGGAUUAUUAAAUUGAAAAUACGUGGCUUUAUAUUAUAUUCCAGAAGUUGUACCAUACAAAUCUAUUCAUCAUGGCGAAAAUGGCUUUUCAGCACCAGGCGGGAACGGCGAUGGAGUGCCUUAGUAUACCAAUAACCCUCCAAAAAGAGGCAGGGGUUGAUGCAGAAGGUCGAGAAGUUAUGAAAUGUGGAUUUAAAAUCGGCGGUGGUAUUGACCAAGAUUUUCGUAAAAGCCCCCAGGGAUAUACUGAUAACGGUAUUUAUGUGACUGAAGUCCAUGAGGGAAGUCCUGCUGCUAAGUCUGGGUUGAGAAUGCAUGACAAAAUUCUACAAUGCAAUGGAUAUGACUUCACCAUGGUAACACACAAAAAAGCAGUUAGUUAUAUUAAAAAACACCCAGUCCUUAACUUAUUAGUAGCAAGAAAAGGUGUUACCUCUACAUAACAAUAUUAAAACAGGAAAUAUAAACUUUAGGUUCAGAGCUGAUGGGACAAUUAUAUGGUGGAUUUACAAUUCAAGGCAAAUAGCUAUACUAUCAGUAUUUAUAAGCUUACAUUUUAUGAAAUCUUUCAUUUAUGAAAGAAUUAAAUAUAAUAUAAUUAAGCAGCAAAUUGAUAUUGUUAUAAUAUGGGAUUUAUUUGCCUUUCUUAGUAAAUCCCCCAUUUAUAAGUAUUAUACAAGUGAUUUUAUAUUGUUAUUUAUUUUUUUAACUUUAGGAAUUUAAUUUGUAUGUUAAAAUAGUUUAAAUAUAAAACACCAUACUUUUAACAAAUUCACAAUAUAGAACAUAAGUUUAUACAAUUAUUGCUGAUAAAAAAGGUGUGUAACACAAACUUUGUAUUGUAGUUUUGUUGUACAAAUGAGUUACCAUUAUCAUUUUGUAACGUGCAAAACUCUUACAAAUCAUUGCUUGUAUUUGCAAGAUCUAAAACAUGUUAUCAGUGAUAAAAUGUUACAUUGUGAGAUGAAAUUUAUAAAUUGGUUACUCAUAUAUUUAUGAUGUGUUAAGUGAUUAGUGAAUAAUUUACAACCAGAUACAAUGUGCCAAAUAGUGUUGAUAUUCAAUUGCUUAAUGGAGACAUUAUUUUAUACUUACUAUAUUUUACUCCCAAGAAUUGAGAUACAAUACAAUAACCAUUAUUUCAAAUCAAUACUCACUUUCAAUAUUAUUAGAUUUAGUUAAAACUGAUGUAUAUUAAUGAAAGUACAUAAUAAUAAUAUAUCCAUUUUGGUCUGCUAUAUUAUGUAUACUUAUCAAUGUUAAUCUAUGAACAUACCACAUAUAAUAUACACAUUCCAACACAGUAAAUAUAUGCUAAUACUGAAUCUAUUUCCACUCUAAAAACGUAGUAACAAUAAUAGUAAUAGAUUUUGUACUUACUGCAGAUAUGAGCCAAAGACUAGUAAAAUGGUUACAGACAGACUUGUACCUAUAUUUUUUAUUAUUAAAAAGUUAAACUAUGUUUAUCAACAAAAAAUCAGAAUUGCAUUUAUUACUUCAAAUGACAUUGUGCUGUUUUGAUGACCAUGACAUAAUUUAAUUUGCAAGAUUUCUUUAUUUGCAUUCUGCAAGUAUAUUAUUUUUUCUAAACAUAAAUACUAGAUUAUGUAUUCUCUAGGUAUUUAUUUAAAAAAAAUCACUUCUAAUUAUUAUUCUGGUAUUUUAUUUUUUAAAAUUGAAAGAUCAAAUAUUGAUAAUGAAAUAUUUAAAGCUCCAACUUUGGCAUAUGUACAUUAUUAGCAAAAUUAAGCAUUAUUUUUUUAUUUGAAUAACAACUUUAUUAUUCAACAAUCUAGUAGGCAUUUAUUAUGAUAAAUGCAUUGAUGUCAAUUUAAUUAAUUGGACAAAAGCGGUAUUAUCAGAAAAUAAUAAAAAUGUUAUUAUGAG